UCAAUGUCAGCGGAAGAGGUUAUACAGGGGCUCUCCCAGGUGCGUGGCAUGCUUUCGACACAGCCGGAUACUUUCCCUCAAGUUAUACAGGCUGUGUGUGGCAUGGCAUCUACAACACCGCAUCUGGAGGUUCAGCAGUGGUGCUCCAAGUUCUUCGUCGAUACGUUCAGUUCUGAGUUCACGCUGGUGCCAUGGAGUACGAAGCAGAACUCUCUUGCGUCUCUAUUACCGGUGCUGAUGACUCUCUCGAGCGUUAAGGAUGUAUAUGUGUAUAAGAACGUUGUUCUAACGUCCACGUGUGUAUAUGACAUGGCGUUUGAUUUGGUGGCGAAGGUCUCGAACCAGAGCAUCUGGAACGAUAUGACCGCCCUCAAGACGAAGAUUAUACAGGAUUGGGAUACUACGUAUCCACUUACGCCGUCAAAUGACGACACGGAUAAGUUUAAGUCCAUUGGAUCAAGGUUGGCGUCGACGAAGUUCAUCUCCAAAGUCAUAGUUGUACAGAGUGCGCCGCUACAGAGCUCGGAUCCAAGGCGUAGAGCCACGAGUGCGUCUAAUGAGAUCUCGAUAAACCAAGUUCAUCCGAAUCACACUGUGCUGAACAAGCUUGCGCUAGACGUGGAGGCGCAGAAGUUGCUGGAUACAAUCACCAGCUAUCUACAAGCAGAAGAGUACCUUGUGCCCCAGGUUCUCAUUGCGAUCAUCGAGACGUUGGUCUGUAUUAUUCAAAGACGUAAACAGUUCAUACCGAAGGUGUUCCAAGCAAUUGCAUCGUUGGACCUGGAUUCGAAGUAUCAGCAGUCGAAGGAUAAGUUCAUCAAGUUUAAACUGAUGAAGAGAUUUGUUGAACGUGCAAUUAAAAACGCCCUCAACUAUUGCAUGAAAGCAGGACUAAUCACACCUCAGUUACCGCAAAAUGGUACGUUUCAGACAAUGGUUUCGAGUAUUGAUGCCAGAAUGGCCGAGCAGAGGAAGAAAGGUAUACUUACCGAGCUUCCAGGCGAGAAGGCACGUAGAAAGAUCAAAGUUGAUCCAAAGAACCCCUUUCCUCGUGACGCUACCACUGUGGAGGACAACUCGUACACGUCCUUGUAUCAACUGAUCGACGAGACCAAUCCAUUGUUGGACUUUGAUGCAUCUUUAAUUCCUCAAGAAACCCUGGCCAACAUCGCCAUUGCUACAAUUGCAAGUGUGGAUACGAAUAAGCUGAUUACUGCGCUGAGUAUUGUGUCGGCACGGUACACCGAUCUAAUCACAAAGGCUGGUGGCUCAGUGUUGAAACAAGAAGUCAAAGAUGAGGACUUGAAGGAUGACGACUUGGACAAUGAAAGGAUCUUGAAUGCCAACGAUGAUUUCAACCUGGAGAGUACUUUUGUCCUUCCAGAGCCUAAGCCCUUCACGGAAGAGCAGAAGAAGAGGCAUUUACAGCUCAUUAUCAACAAUUUCUUCGACUUGUCCAAACUGCCUGCGAACCAUAAGAGUAUCAGCUCCUUCAACGUUCAGAAUGAACAAGUUGCCACGAGUGUUAAGGUUGCUGACGUUGCUAUCAACGAAUGGGGCAAAAACUCAUGGUUACUGCUGUUGAGUAGGCUGGCUACCCGAGGUAUAGCGUCCGAGGACCACGAACUGGGUGACCUGAUUCGUGAGGCAAUCUAUCAGUACUUUGUCGAUAACAUUCACGAAAGAAUUGACGUGGCUAUCGAAUGGUUAAACGAGGAAUGGUUCACCGAAGUCACUACAAACUCCUCGAGCGACGACACCUCCAGAGCCCUCGUGGAGACACCAACGUAUCUCAAGUGGGCUGAGAAGGUGCUGGACUCUGUCAUUCCAUUUUUGGAGUCCAAUGAUCGAAAGAUCUUCAUCCGUCUACUAUCAGAUCUCCCCUUCCUGAACGCACACUUGGUCAGCCAGAUCAAGUCUCUCUGCAUAGAUCCUCAACGGUCGGCUCUGGGGUUCCAGAGCCUCCAAUUCCUGAUUCUCUUCAGGCCACCGGUGAAGCAGGCGUGUAUCGAGAUUCUCCGGGACCUCUACGAGAACAACGAGGACCUGAAGACCACUACGGCAUCGUUGCUCAAGAAGUACGACACCGAGUUCAAACCUGUUGAUGAGCCAAAGUCCACGGAGGACUCACAGCACACAGCACAGUCCAAGUCCAAAGAGACAACUGCUGAAUCGGAAGCGUCCAAGGAUUAGUAUAGCGAGUAAAUUACACAGGGAGGCCU